UCUGCACUCUGCACUCUGCAAGCCCGAAUCUCCGUCCAGCCACCAAACCCUCUCACCCGCAUCCUCUGGUCAACGGCGGGGAACCCGGACGAACGCCCCUGAACCGAGGGAGCCGAAGAAGACCCGCGGAGAAAAAACGCAACCAGACGCAAGGUGACAGAAAUCGAUCGAUCAAUCCAGCACCAUCCCCCCACCCCACCAACUCCAUGUCUCGCUCCUUCAAUGGAUGCAAGCGAUGUAAAGCCCGGCGGCAGAAAUGCGACGAGCAGCGUCCCAGCUGCGGCCGCUGCAUGACGGCCGGCACGCAAUGUCGAUAUGCGAUGCAGCUGCAGUGGGGAGGCCGGGCCUUUUCGCGCUCGAGAUUUGGGGCUUGCGUGGGAACAGGCGGUAUGCAGAAGCUGGAAUACUCCCCCGGCGAGUUCAUCUACACCACCAAUGCCUCGGGCACCCUCUCCCCCGGGAUCACCACACCCCCCAUCACCACCAACACCACCCUCAUCCGACCUAUUGACCCGUUCGCCUCCCUCACCACCGAUCAAAAGUCCCUCCUCCAUCACUUCCUCAACGAUGCCUCCCAAAUCACCGCCUGCCACUCCGGCAUGCAGCGCGAUAUCUGCAAGAUGCUCGUGCCCAUGGCCCUCCAAACCCCCUCCCUCCUCUACGCCACCAUGGCCCUCUCUGCCAUCCACCUACAAGCCCUGCACAACCAGUCCGAGAAUGUGAAAUCCGCCCCCGAAAUCGCUCGCUUCAUGGCCCUCAGCCUGGAACACUUCCGACAGGAACUGCAGAACCCCGCAAGCAAGGGCUCCGAUGCGCUGCUCGCCACCGCCCGGACCCUCUGUCUCGCGGAGAUCCACUCAGGAGCCAUCCACCCCAAUUCCUGGCGCGCUCAUAUCGAGGGCGCCCGCGCUCUGAUGGAAGCCUCGGAUAACUGCGGGGCCCUGUCGCCGAAAUCCCCGGAGGGGUUCAGAAGAUACCUGGAUCGGUGGUACCGAUCGAUUGUGUCUCUGACGGCGUUGACUGGGAACGGACCGCCGAUCGGUGAAGUCACAGACCAAUUAGUUGGCGCGAGUAAUGAGGGCUCAAGUAGUAGUAGCCAGCCGGCGUCGCCGGACUACUUGGACGAUUAUUGGGGAUUCACGGUCAAUCUGUCUGCGAUAUUCCGGCGGAUCGGGGCUGUGGCGUGGCGGGAGCAACAGGAGGAAAGGGGACAGGAGAGUCCCGUUCAAGGGAACGAGGUGUGCGUGCACAGUGAAGCCACAGCCCUGGAGUCCUCGCUUCGGCAGUUAAUGGAGCAAGACGUGGCCUCGCAGCCAGCGUUUUAUCCGGGUGUUGUGGAGGGUCUUUCGGCAGAGUGUAUGCGGCAAUUGAUGCUGUGUAACGAGGCAUUUCAGCUUAGCGCGCUGAUCCAGAUCCAGCGGCGACUGCGAAAAGUCCCCACGUCCGCGCCGGUGGUGCAGGAGGCUGUGAAGCGGAUUCUGGAGUGCACGGCGCAGAUAGGGCCGUCGCCGGGUCUAAGUCCCUGGGUGAUGCUCACGACGCCGUUAUUCAUUGCGGGUUGUGAGGCCCGCGAAGACGACCGUGAACAGGUCCGCCAGUUACUGUCCUCGCUGCAUGAUACAAUCCGUGUGCCCAAUGUGUUACAGUCAUUGAAGUUCCUCGAGCAGUAUUGGAGCAAUCAACUAAAUGAGAAUGAGGGGUGGAGUCAGUUUCUGGACACCUCCGCCGCCGCAUUCGUUGACGAAGACGACGACGAUAGCCCCAACGGCCCGGCUUAUACCGCCCAAUUCUCGAAUGGGACCCCUCUACAUAGCCGUCUUGUUAGCGAACCGUUUAUUCCCGUCCUCAGAUCCCCCCCGGUUAUCUCCAAACGUGCCACGACCAUGGCCUUGCACUUGCCUUCGAACCGACCUCCUCCACUACAUAUAGAAUCCCCAAGACGGGGGUCCGGCAUGAGCGAUUCGAAGCAGCCCAAGACACCCGCGAACAAAAUCAGUUCCUUCUUUGGGUGGCGUGGCAGCACAUCACCUGGCGCAGAAUCCUCCAGCACCGAAAUAUCCGAAACCGGUCGUUCCCCGGUGCCAUCUCCGAUGCCUCCCUCUCUACCUAGCGCUUCCUUCUCCAUCACGCCGUCCACCACGGUGCCAUUCGAUUCAUCCAAGCCGCAGGUGCCCGUUCCGCAGCGGAAUCCAUCUCUGAGCAGCGCGAGCCUUCUGGACCCAGGGUCAGCGACCCUGGUGACCGAGCUUGAGAAUGAGCUGCGGGAGAUCAGCUCGGAGCUGGCGGGGUCGAUCCGGAGGGAGAUGGAGUUGGAGGAUCUGGUGGAAAGGCUACAGUCCGAUGUGCCGUUAGAUACUCCCAAUCGACCCACCAGUGAUUACUUUUCCGAUUCGGGCUCUAGUUCCAUCCGAUACGCGCACGAGUCGGGUGGUAGAAUAGAAGAUAUUGGAAAAUUUAAGCGUACAGCGGAGCAGGAAAGAGCCCAGAUCAAGACAGAAUUGUCCCAAAAGGUGCAAGAAGAGCGGAGCCGUCGAGCAGCAUCGGAGGCUCAUGUCCAAAUAUUGGAAUCGCAGGUCCACCAGCUGCGACGGGAGAGAGUGGAUCUCUCCGAUAUGUCCUCCAGGACAAAAGAGCUCGAAACAGCGUUGGAGGCUACCCGUAGGAAGUUGGCCGAGGAACGGCAGAUCAAAGACAAUUUCGAAGAUCUGCUGACGGCGAUGAGAGUCGAGCUUGAACAACUGCGGAACGAGCGGGAUCAUCUUCGUGACAACGUGAUCCCUCAAAUGCAGCAAGCUGGCCCGCUGGGUGCUCCUUCAUCCGACCCCUCGGAAGUCGAACGGCUACUGGGCGAGAUCGAAGCCCUCAAAAUCGAAAAUGCUUCCCUUGCCCAGCUGCAAGGAAGCCGAUUUGCAUCAAUUGCGGAAGAGGACGGCAUGUCGACCUCAAGAAACGUGGGACUGGGACUAUCACGGUCGAACUCGCUUGCUCGCCUGCGCACGAAGAACAGCGCACCGAAUCUGUCUCGUUCUGGCUCCUUGUCUCGGUCGAACUCGACAUCUGCCAAGGAUCGGGGUGAUACCCCCAAGGAAAGCUUGGCAGACAGAAUUAAGGAUGUCGAGGAGCAGCGCGAUGCCCUCCAUCAGUCUCUCCGGCGCCUGCUCGAUCGCCAGGCGCAUGACUCACGUGAAUACGAGAAGCGUCUUCAGCUAAUGGAGCUGGAGGUCGCCCGCGCACAGCAGGCGAGCUCCCCGCGUAAGCUGGGAUACGAGAGAGACGUCCACAAUCUGCGCGAUGAGGUGAACCUUCUUCGGCAGCGCGCCGAAGACGCCUUGGAACAGAAGUGGCAGUGCGAAAAGGGGCUGGCGGGUUUGAAGAUGGACCUGGACCGAGCGGAGCAGGAGACCACUUCCCUGCGAGUACUGCUGCAAGAGCAUGAUAUUACCGUCCCCGAGGACCUCGAGUGCGACCGCGACGGAUUCGCUGAGGUCCUCGCAACCUCCUCUUCCUUGGAUUCGGCCUACCGACAACUCCAGGCGGACCGGGAAAUCGCCGAAGCCAGCUCACCCAUGACGGAGCAAGGCCCACUUGCAGAAUCGGUCAGCCGGACAAAAAUGCUUGCCCAGCAUGUACAACGGCAGCUGGCACAUAACAACGCCCUGCGGAGUCGUCUGGCCGAGGCCAUUGGCAAGGGUGAAAGAGAGCAGCAGGUGUCUGCCAUCCGCAUCAACGAAAUGCAGGCCCGGCUGAAGGAGAUGGAGGACAUCCUGCUGAUCGCGCAGCAGUAUUCCGAGGAAGAAAUCGCUCGCCAUGAAGAGGAAGUCCGCGCCCUCGAGGAGAGCCACAACGCGCAGUUGAAGCGCAUGAAGAACGGGUCCCGCAGCCCUGCGACUCUGUCGCCAAUGCCCCCGAACACGCCCUUUGACGCGCGGUCGCCCCGUCUGGACUUUACCACCAGUGGCAAGGGCAUGCCUCUGGAGGGAGCCGUUCAGUCCGAGACACUGGCCCGACGGGUGAAGGAGCUAGAGAAGCUUCUUCGCGAGGCCGACUUGGAGAUGGGAGAAGUCGUGAGUCGGAUGAACCGCGCGCAAAUCGAGGUCGGCGAACUCCAGUCUGACCGGGAUGAGGCACUGCGCCUGACCCGGAAACUCCAGGCGGAGAUUAUGGCUGAACGGGAGACGUUCAAGACCCUGAUGGCCUAGACAUGGCCCCGCGGCAUUUUUGGCUUUUGCGCUGUACAAAACAAUACCUCAUGGGCUGGUGCUUUGGAGUAGACUUGCGGGUGAAGUAGCGUGUGAAGCUUUUUUCUUUGUUUAUUGUUUUGGAGGUGCUGUGCAUACUCUGACGUUUGUAUAUGGUUGUUAGGGUCCACGGACGAGGUGGACUUGUAAAUAUCUCAGCAUCACGAUGUGAUCAUGUGUAUUCCGCAUAGAUGUAUAGCGAUACUACCACACUAAUAGACACGAUGGUGAUGCCGGAGCAGG